AUGGGAGUUCCAAAGUUCUUCAGGUAUACCAGCGAAAGGUAUCCUUGCCUUAAUGAACUGGUGAAACAAUAUCAGAUACCUGAUUUUGACAAUAUGUAUCUUGAUAUGAAUGGUAUUAUACAUAAUUGUUCGCAUCCUGAUGAUUCAAAUCCACAUUUCCGUAUUACAGAAGAGAAAAUAUUUCAAGAUAUUUUCCAUUACCUUAGUAUGUUAUUUCAAAUUAUUAAGCCUAAGAAAUUGUUUUUCAUGGCUAUUGACGGUGUUGCUCCCAGAGCAAAGAUGAAUCAACAAAGAGGUAGAAGAUUCAGAGCUGCAAGAGAAGCAGAAAAAUUGGAAGAACAGGCAAAAGAGAAAGGUGAAAUUCUACCGGCGGAGAAGCGCUUUGAUAGUAAUUGUAUUACACCUGGAACGGUGUUUAUGGCGCGUUUGCAUGAGCAAUUAAGAUACUUUGUUAAACAGAAGAUGUCCACGGAUCCACUAUGGGCAAAAGUUAAAGUCAUUUUGUCAGGACAUGAGACUCCUGGAGAAGGAGAGCAUAAGAUAAUGGACUACAUUCGUUGGGCGCGUUCGCAACCGGACUAUGAUCCUAAUACAAGACAUUGCUUAUAUGGCUUGGACGCUGAUCUCAUAAUGUUAGGCAUGUGCACACAUGAGCCGCAUUUUGCACUUUUGAGAGAAGAGGUUAAAUUCGGCAAAACAACACAACGUGCAACCAGCCCAGAAGAAACCAACUUUUACCUACUUCAUUUAUCUCUACUUCGGGAAUAUUUAACCCAAGAAUUUAUAGAGAUUAAAGAGAAAUUGCCGUUUGAGUAUGAUAUAGAGAAAAUAGUAGAUGAUUGGGUGUUGAUGGGGUUUUUAGUGGGAAAUGACUUUAUACCCAAUUUACCCAAUAUGCAUAUAAGCAAUGAUGCUUUACCACUUCUAUAUAAAACAUAUAUGACUGUGUUACCAACAUUAGACGGUUAUAUUAAUGAAGCAGGAGAUCUGAACCUGAUUCGGUUCGAGACAUUUAUGCAGGAGCUGUCUAAAAUAGAUAAAGAGAAGUUUCAAGAUACCUAUACAGACUUGAAAUAUUUCGAAGCCAAAACAGGAAGAAGGCCUAACGCAAUGGAACGCAAAGAGUACAAACCUAACAAUGAUGAGACAUUUAAUGUGAAUGUAGAAGACAUCAAGGGAAUCAGGCCUGAUGAUGAACUGCAGGCGCUUAUUAACGCCACAGAGGAAAUGUACAUCGACGACUUGGACGAUAAUGAUGAGGAAUAUGAAGAAACCAGUGAUGAGGAAGCCAAUAUAGAAAUGGAGUUUAUUUUACAUAAAAAAGAUUACUACAUGAACAAAUUGGACUACUCCAAAGUGACAGACGAGGUGUUAGCGGACCAGGCAGAGGGCUACGUCCGAGCCAUUCAGUGGAACCUGUGGUACUACUACAAGGGAUGCCCCUCUUGGUGCUGGUACUACCCCCACCACUACGCGCCGUACAUCUCCGAUAUCAAAGGCUUCAAGGACCUGAAGAUCGAGUUCGAGCUCGGCGAGCCCUUCAAACCGUUUGAACAGCUUCUGGCCGUGCUGCCUGCCGCCAGCAAGCAGCUACUGCCUACCCCGUUCCACGAUCUGAUGACGGAUGAAGACUCGCCCAUUGUGCACUACUAUCCAGUACACUUUGAGACCGAUCUCAACGGGAAACGUAACGACUGGGAAGCUGUAGUGCUCAUACCAUUCAUAGACGAGGCAAAUCUCCUGUCAGCGAUGGCACCUUGUUAUCAACGUUUGACCGAGGAGGAGCUCAAACGGAACAGUCACGGCCCCAUGCUUGUAUAUAACUGGACUUCUGCUAUCUUAGGAACCUCCACAGCGCCUGCUUACUUCCCAGCGAUCAUGGAGAACCACGCGGCGGAGCUGAAAGUAUGGAGGACGGAGCUGGAUGUGCCGGAGCACCAGCUCAAGAGGGGGAUGCUACCGAAUGCCAACAAGGACCUGCUCUACCCCGGCUUCCCGACCAUGCGCCACCUCAAGUAUCGGACGAAAUUGUCCAAGCGUCAAGUGAAAGUGUUCGACCAGCCGUCGCGCAACGAGAACAUGAUCGUCAUUUGGGUCGGGUGGCCCCACCUCACCAGGGCCAAAGUGAUGUCAGUGUCGAACGAGAAAAUACGCCUGCAUCACAUUGAUCAACAGAACAACAAUGUUGACGGCCAACCCAGCUUCUCUACGGAGGAAAAUUUCGGCAACUUACACAAGCAGUGGAUCGCCGAACGUUCCACAGUUAUCGAGCACAACAUGAACCGGCUGGGCAUUGAAUUGGGAACUGUGAAUAUACUAAUUCAUGCAGCAAAUCUUAAAGGGUACAAGUACGUGAUCCAGGAGAACUGCCGCAUGGUGCAGGAGCCGCAGUGGUGCUCGGUGCCGUGCGGGUACGCGCUGCAGGCGGCGGUGUGGGGCGCCGCCGCCGCCUCGGCGCCCGCCCCGCCCGCCGCCUUCCGCACGCCGCGCGAGGCCUACCCGCCCGGCGACCGCGUCUUCCUGCUCACGCACGGCCAGUACUACGGCUGCCUCGCCACGUAUGAGAUCUACCAACCCGGCGACCGCGUCUUCCUGCUCACGCACGGCCAGUACUACGGCUGCCUCGCCACGUAUGAGAUCUACCAACCCGGCGACCGCGUCUUCCUGCUCACGCACGGCCAGUACUACGGCUGCCUCGCCACGGUACGUUGUAACCCGCACGGCCCGUUCCCCUCACUCCUCCAAUCAGUA